CCACGCCCCCCGGCGGGGUCACCGCGCACUGUACUCUGCGGGCUCUCUCGCUCAGUGCGCGCCCCGCUCGUCGCUCGGCACGGCAACAACCUCCCUGCACCCUGCUCACACCGCUCCGUCGUGCAGACGACUCCGUGGGGCUGCUCUUGUUUGCUUCGCCGUCGACAGAGAUGUGUUUUUUUUUAUUUUCCCCCCGAGAAAGAGGAGUCGCUGUGAAGAUGUGAAGCGCGCGCGGUAAAAACACUUGCGGCUGGAACCUCUCGCUGCCAAAGCUGCGUCCUGUCACCGCUUGCCGUACAAAUUGUAAUUUUGAAAAGGUCACAUGAAGGUGUCAAGCACUGUGGCGAUGUGGCAAGACUGGCUGCUGGUGGCGCUGUCACUGUUACUGACCGUCUCGUGUGUUGUUGCGUUCAUGCUGUGCGGGUGGUAUGUGGUGUGGAAACUUUUCCUCUCCAAGUUCAAGUUCCUGCGCGAGAUUGUGGGAGAGACGCAGGCGCAGACGCAAGCCAAGCUGCGUGCGCCCGCCGAGGAUAGCCCGACUGCACACGCGAAAGCUCGACACAGAGUCAGCUUCGAACACAGCGCUUCUCCUCCCGUGCACAGCACGUACAGCCAGGGCUAUUAAUAACGUCGGGGUCUUCACAGCACCACAGCAUACCGUGCAUAUAUCAAGCCGCUCAAGUACUGUAACAACGUGUGCAAAACCUUGAACACAAUGUACAACAAUCUGUUGCAUAUUAUGCAUAUUCAUGGUGCCUACCUUGCUUAAGUCAGCCACACAUUGGGGGCAAUAAGGCCCAAGUGGCUCCUGGGUGAUGGAAGAGUCACUCGUUUUGUAAGCCACUCAAAAUUUGCCUGCCAUAAAUCGCCUCUUUUGCGCAGUAUUCACUUCAUUAUCAGACACCCUGACAGAUAUGACACUUAUUUAAUUUGGUGAAUUACAAGCAGACUGCUUUUGUAAAAAAAAUGUUUCCAGCUGCGAUUGCACAGCGAGAUAUUUGAAAAAGAUAUAUUUUUAAUAUUUAGCUAUGUAAUAAUUAUAUUAAGGUUUCUUAAUAUAUUUAUUAUACGUGCAAGCAAACUGUUAAAGGUUUUUAAAACGUGUUUCGGCAAUCGUGUACUAAUUUAGUCGGGCACGUGCAACAUGCGACCCAGUUUUUUGUGCCCAGUUUCACUCCCAAGUUUUGGUGGAGCCUGAAGCCUAGGCAAAGUUCAACAAUUAAACAUGAGGGAUUGAGGCGAGGACAGAAUUCACACUUUGUUGCGAAGAUGUGGGAUAACUGCCAAUUGGAGUCUUAAGCAAUGAAAAGUGAACCAGGCAAAAUGAACAUUUACUCUCCUGUUUGCCUAUCUUUAUAUAAAAAAAAUAUAAUACCGAGGUGUCUCAAUGUAUGGCCAACGUUAGAUCCAGAAUAAUCGUACGUUGCCGAUAUCCAUGCCUUGAUCCAUUUGUAUUUUCUUCCACUGUAUUUGUGUUCAAUGAAAAUGCCUUAGUUAUUUUUUAAUCAGUGUUUUAAGUUAUUGUCUUGAAUCUAUAUAAAAAAAAGGACUUGGAAAUUGAGCAUAAAUCUUAACAGGAUUUUACCACAAGGUGAUGUCCUUGUAUCUAGAUUCAUCCUGAGCUAACGUGAACACAAUUCAUUGUACUGUGUUAUGCAAAUGUACUUGAUAUUUUCUUACCAUAGCCUGUACUCCAGCUCAUUGCACGGUCGUAUCUGCGUGUUUAAUCAAACCUCGCCGACACUUGGGUCACUGGGGGGCGCUCUGCGCAUGUUGCCCAUGUGGGGAAAUCUCACUGAGCACAAAAUAACGUCGGCCAAGUGUCGUGUGUCAAAACAGCCUGCCCAAAUUGUCAUCACGACUCAACUGUGAUACACGUGUUUAACCUACUGUGGCUCUUAACAAAUGCACAGGGUAUACGGUACUGUAUAUUGCUCGCCACGCACACCCAAUUGAUACAUUACCUAUACUGUAUUUGCAUUUAGGUGGUUGGUUGAAACGGGGAUAUAUAGUGAUUUUUAGGUCCAUAGGACUGGAGUUGAGAACCACUCACGGUUGAUUAAUCUACUUGGCAACCUAUUUACACGGCUAUAAACUUUGUCGGAUUAUUGGAGGAUAAUGUGCAUCUACAGUAAAGGAAAAGCUGCAAACCUAGCGAUUGAUUAAACACUCAGGCUGUGAUAUAAUUACCUCAAGUUGCACAAUAUUUAUAGAAGGAUUGAUACUGUAUUAACCCUACGUGUAAUAUGAACUACUUGGCUUACUGGUAGACUUAACAUUGUUGCAGCUGUUAAGAUACUUGUACAAUGAGAAUGAGUAUUCCAAAGUUAAGAAACAGUACGUGAUGUUGAGAUGUGCAUUUUCAAAGUCAUGGAUACGAAUGUACAUAGCUGUGGCUUUGACGAAACAUUUGGCGUUCUCCU